CCUUUUGAGUGUUUUUUAACUAAAUUAACAUGGCUCGAAUGAACCGCCCAGCUCCUGUAGAAGUCACAUACAAGAACAUGAGAUUUCUUAUUACACACAAUCCAACCAAUGCGACCUUAAACAAAUUUAUAGAGGAACUUAAGAAGUAUGGAGUUACCACAGUAGUAAGAGUGUGUGAAGCAACUUAUGACACUACUCUUGUGGAGAAAGAAGGCAUCCAUGUUCUCGACUGGCCUUUUGAUGAUGGUGCACCACCAUCUAACCAGAUUGUUGAUGACUGGUUAAGUCUUGUAAAAAUCAAGUUUCGUGAAGAACCUGGUUGUUGUAUUGCUGUUCAUUGUGUUGCAGGCCUUGGGAGAGCACCAGUGCUCGUUGCUCUCGCGUUAAUUGAAGGUGGAAUGAAAUACGAAGAUGCAGUACAAUUCAUAAGACAAAAGCGGCGGGGAGCUUUUAACAGCAAGCAACUUUUGUAUUUGGAGAAGUAUCGUCCUAAGAUGCGGCUGCGCUUCAAAGACUCCAAUGGUCAUAGAAACAACUGUUGCAUUCAAUAAAACUGGGGUGCCUGAUGCUAUUGCCUUGGAAGUAAAACUUGAGACAGAACCUAAUUUGUCAUAAUGUACGUGUAUUAGCCAACAUGUUGGCUUGAUUAAUGAAGCUUCCACAGGAGUAUUGUAAAGCAGUUUUACCAGGCCACAGCUUAACAAAAUUGCAACCUCUAUGUUUGGGUUAUAGUCAACCUUUUUGGACACUAAGCAAAAGAUUCUUGCUGUUCAGCAUUUAAAUGUGCUUAUUAUUUGUACCAAUUGACCUUUCCUGAAAUCAUGUGGUAUUACUGAGUUAUGUCUUGUUUAAAUCUAUUCCCAUGCCAGAAUCUUAUCAAUAUAUAAGAAAUUUAGAAAGAUUAGGUGCCAAAAUACCCAGCACAAUACUUGUAUAUUUUAUCAUACAGAAGUAAAAUCCCAGGAACUAUGAACACUCUAGACCUUAUGUGGUUUAUCCAGUCAUUUCAGACAUCGACAGAAGGCCCUUGGGUUAUUUGCCUGCUCACUUUAUGUUUACAUCUCCCACAUUUAUACCAGUAUACAUCAGGUUUGCUCAACCAUUGAUUUUUUUUUUCUUUUGGAUUUUUACCAAGUCUUAGACUGAUUAUUUAAUGUCUUUCUAUAAAGCUCAUUUUGUGCUGUUAUUAAAAAACCUCCAUUUUGAAAAUCUGCAUUGUACAGAAGCACAUGUCUUUACUGUCUUCAGACAAAAAAAGCCUUACAGUUAAUUUAAUGUUUGCACUCGGAGGUGCAACUUAACAGGGAGGGCCUGAAAAAAGAAUGGGAGGGGGCUAUUAAAUAUUUUUAGCAAAAUGUUGCCUUUGUCUUGUGCAGGACAUGUAGAAAUACGCUCUUUAGUAAAUAUUUUUUGAAAGGUAGAGAUGCUUUGUUAAUUGUAGCUAAAACAAUUCUUAAUCAUAAAAUUUCUGAAAUUCUUGUAAUUUUUUCCCCAUACUUAUCAGAAGUUGUUUACCAACUUUUUUUUGUUCAAAGUGUGAUUUUUUUUUCCUUUUCUUCCCAACCUCUUGCAAAAAAAAAAAAAAAUGGGUUUCUGCUAAUGAAUUGAGCAGACAUCUAAUAAAUAUUUUAUAUAUGCCUUUUGAGCUGUGUAAUAUUUGGAUACUUGAUAAUUUGUUUUAUUAUGUAAUUGAUAAAAUGGUGAUGUGUAUUAAUGUUAGUUCAACCAUAUAUUUAUACUGUCUGGGAGUGUGUGGUUAUAGUUCUGUGGGAGAAAUAAUUUGUCAGUGUUCACCAGCUUGUAAAAACUUAGUGCGAGAGCUUAAACAUCUAAAUAAAUAAUGAAAUGCAUUUAUCAUCA